GGUUAGCCCCAGGCUGGGGGAUGGGGGGCGAGGAAGUGGCGGAGGCUCGGUUUGUGGAAGUUUGUUUCGCUGCAUUACUUUGUGAAGUCGCCUCCCUAGCACCCACGUGUGCCAGCCCGCGAGUGGGUGUGGUGCCUCCAAACGCAGCCACCCGGGCCACAUUCCCCUGGGGAGCUAUGAGCAUGCACACCUACGUGGCAGUCCCAGCCCCCAGGAACAUCGACGGCGCACAGGCGCCCUUUCACACCGCGCGCGGGCGCACUGCGCUUCUGGCCUCUUGGCCUGGCGGUGAGGCGGGUGCUCCAGGUGUUCACGGAGGGGAGCCUGGCCAGGGGCCGCCGCCAUCCAGGCCCUUCCCAGACCUGCCCACGUGCCUGGGAAGGUCCGGAUUGGGAGCCAUCCCAGAAGGACGCCCUCAGCACCUCCUGAAGGGACAGGGAGAGGUCAGGUUGGGGCCUGGCCCUGGCCCAGAUAAGAUCAGAAUGUUAGGUAGGGAGCUGUUCCUGAACUGGAUAUCAAUCCGAGGCACAGGUGCUGUGAAGAGAAGGGGUGGCUGUGGGCCAGGCCCCAGGCCUCCCCUCAUGGCGCCCCCCAUUCCUAGGUCUCCACCAGAUCGCCCAGAACAAGGUGGCUGUCCUGCUGCUGGCUGGUGGGCAGGGCACGCGCCUGGGUGUGACCUACCCCAAGGGCAUGUAUCGUGUGGGACUGCCCAGCCAGAAGACCCUGUACCAGCUGCAGGCUGAGCGGAUCCGGCGCAUAGAGCAACUGGCUGGCAAGCGACACGGGACCCGCUGCACGGUGCCUUGGCCUCCUGGGCUGAUCUUUCGGCUCAGCCCUCACCUGCCCUGCAGGUACAUCAUGACGAGCGAGUUCACCCUGGGGCCCACGGCUGAGUUCUUCAAGAAACACGAGUUUUUCCACCUGGAUCCCGCGAAUGUGGUCAUGUUUGAGCAGCGCAUGCUACCCGCAGUGACCUUCGACGGCCAGGCUAUCCUGGAGCGGAAAGACAAGGUUGCCAUGGCCCCAGAUGGCAAUGGGGGCCUGUACUGUGCCCUUGCGGACCAUCAGGUCCUGGAGGACAUGGAGCGCCGCGGAGUGCAGUUUGUGCAUGUGUACUGUGUGGACAACAUCCUGGUGCGGCUGGCCGACCCCCUAUUCAUUGGUUUCUGCGUGCUGCAGGGUGCGGACUGUGGUGCUAAGUCCUGCCUGCAGGUGGUAGAGAAGGCAUACCCCGAGGAGCCUGUGGGUGUGGUGUGCCAGGUCGACGGCGUACCCCAGGUGGUGGAGUACAGCGAGAUCAGCCCAGAGACAGCGCGGCUGCGGGCGUCUGACGGGAGUCUGCUCUACAGGGCGGGCAACAUCUGCAACCACUUCUUCACCCGAGGCUUCCUCCAUGCUGUCAUCCAAGAAUCUGAGCCUUUGCUGAAGCCUCACGUGGCUAUUAAGAAGGUCCCUUAUGUGGAUGAGGAAGGGAACCUGGUGAAGCCGCUGAAACCCAACGGGAUCAAGAUGGAGAAGUUUGUGUUUGAUGUGUUCCCAUUUGCUAAGAAUUUCGUUGCCUUUGAAGUGCUGCGGGAGGAGGAGUUUUCCCCCCUGAAGAAUGCAGACCCCGCUGACAGGGACAGCCCCUCCACCGCUCGGAGGGCUCUGCUCACACAACACUACCGCUGGGCGCUGCAGUCGGGCGCCCGCUUUCUGGAUGCCCAUGGGGCCUUGCUCCCCACGUUGCCCGGGGUCUGGAGGAGUACCUGCGGGACAGGGAGUUCCAGUCCCCCCUCAUCCUGGACGAGGCCCGGGCUCUGCUGCUACAGGAAUCCUGACUCGCUCCCACCUGCCCACUCCAGGGCCCUCAGGGAGGACACGGCUCCCAGCAGGGCCUCUGGGCAGGCUCUCAGCAUUUCCAGCCUGCAGGACUGAGGAGGAAACUUGUUUGCUCGCUCCGUGAGGGAUGGCCUUUCCUGUUCUCAGCUCACAGACACAAGCUGAGGCAGGCUUUGAGGGCUGUGGCCGGCUGACAUGUUCUUCUGCUGGGGGUCCAUGGGGCAGAGGGACUCAGGACCUCAGCGAAUGGGGCUGAGAGGCAGCAACUGGCUGGACCCGAGGAGGUGAUGUUUUUUGCAGGAGACCAGGACUGACCCUUCCCCUUCCCCUGGACUCAUGAGUGGACGUCACUUUGGCAGUGGUGCCGCCUUUGUGGUCUGGGCUGUAAUGAAGCAACACCCUUCCUCAGGCCGACCACGGAGGUCCGCAGUGUGCGCUCCCAAUCUCGGGAGGAGGAGGCCCUAGUCAGGGCCCUGGUGCUUUGUUGUGGACAUACAGAUGAGAGGACCACGUUUGGGUGACAUGUCUAAGGGGGCAGCCCCCUUCCUUCAUGGCAGCUACGCCAGCCCGUGCCCUCCCUGGUGGCCACCCAAACCCACAACAGAACAGGACUGAUGUCCCCAUAGAGCCGAGAGAACUUGGCCUCUGAGGACACUGUGGCCCGAAGCCCCAGACCUGAGGACCACCCCAUCUCCUCCCGUCUCCAUGUCCGUGGAGGCCUUGCCCCCAUGGUCUCAUUGGUGUCAGGGUUUAGGCUGCUGGGUGUUGGCAGGCUUCCCCAGGACCAGUGGGACUAACACCUUGGGCAGGUCAGGCCAGAGGGCGUGGAGGAUGCUGCAUGAUGGGGGUUGACCAGGCCAGAGGCACCAUCCCUCACCUGGUUCUGGUCACUUUUGACAGAUUUGGGGCUCAUGCCCUUCUCCAGCUCUCUGGGGUGGGGACACAGCCCCUACAUUUGGUGCUGGGCGGGCUGCAGGCCCUGACCCUUGGCUGUGCCCCUGCCUUUGCCGAGGUGGGGGAGCCCUGGGUUUGCUGCCCUCACCCUGCGCCUGUGGACCCCAGACAGGACAGUGCGCCUCCCUCUCCCCUGAUGGGAGAGCAGCUCCUUCCAUGCUGCCUGCUGCUGGGUCGCCUUGUCCCCUCUCAGCCCACCUCACAGGAGCUCUUGGGAGCCACCUGGGGCUCCUCGUUGCCCUCAGUGUCCUCAGGGGAGUGGACAAAGCUGGACCCAGGUGAGACCUCACGGCCAGGUCGUGCUGUGCAAUUGUUGGACCAGAGCCUGGACCACAACUGGGCUCUACAAACCUCACAAACCACGUGCCUUAGGACCCUUCUCUCAGUCCCUACAGUUCAGCAGAGGGCCUUGGGGGGGCAAGUGGGGAGGGGUCAGUGGGGCCAGGGUCCUGCUGUUGCUCACCACCACAACUGGAGCCAAUAUGCAUCCUAUUUGCAUACAAGUGUAGUUAACUGAGUGCUCCUGAAACAGCUCAUUUUUUAACUUUUUAAUUAAAGCUUUACUUAAAGUUCAAGGACAGUACAGAGAGGUCCCCCCAGUGGUUGCCUUACAUGAUUACAGUACAGUGCAAGCCAGUAACUUGACAUUGGGAUACUGUUGUCAUUUUAUCACAAGUAUAGUGCCCACUGCAAUUGAAACAGCUGUCCCACCAACGGGAAGAUGGUUCUCCACCAACCCUUUUAUCCACCCCGCGUCCCUAAGCUUUGUCAAACAAUAUGGAACAGCUCAGUUUUGAAAGAUUGUUUAAAAUCUUGAUUUCCCACAAAAAUUAGAUCAUUUAAAAAUAAACAGCAUGUCCUGUAA